AUAUCCGCCUACAUUUGUUUAUAUUUAUAAACUUUUUUUUUUGCAAUUUGCGCUUUUAAACAAAUGGAGAAAGAAUAGCUUUCCAAAGAUAGAAAAUAACAAUGUCGUUUGGCUAGAACCAAAGCGCAGAUUGCGGCGCCGCUAAUAGUCUGUCUGCUGCUCUACACGCCGCAGUAUCGUGUGUUUAUUGUGCGCAAAAUUAAUUGUAAAGAAAUCAGAUAUAUAUUAUACAUAUGUAUAUGUAUGUGAAACGGUGAAGAGGCACGGCCUGUGGUGACGAUAUCAAAAAUCUAAAAAUAUAAUCAACACGCAAAAACGAAAAAAAAGUGUAAAAAGCGAUAACACGGUGAAAAUGGUCUACUCCAUACAGAACUCGGAGACGGGUGAACUCCAUUACAUCCACCGUGAUUUGUCCAAUGUAAGGCAACAAGUUUUAGACUUGGAAACUGGUGAGCCCUUAAACGGAACGAAAGUAAAGGUGCGCUAUGUCAAGCAUAAUAAUUUUCAAAUACCAAAGAAGUUUCUUUGUGACCCUAAUGAAAAAGAAACGGAGGAGAAGAACCUCUACAAUGACGGCAGUCCACCAGCAGCCACCACACCGAUGCAUGGUGAAGGAGAAGAAAAGUUCCCUCAAUUUUAUAAAAAAGAGGAUUUCAUCAAAAUGGACGGUGUGAGGAAUGAUAUCAUUUUAGGCUAUCACAAGCAGACUUAUCAAUUAUUUCUUAUACCAACCUUAUUUUGCUGCUCCCUUGGCUUGUUUUUCAUAAUGCUACUGAGCGAGUCGAUUCUACAUUGUUGGGCGCACAAGAAAAACUCUUUAAACAUUAGUAAAAUAUAUUAUUUUCGCAGUCCCCUACAUUUGGUGACGUCACAAUUUUGUACGGUCUGUCGCAGGGAAAACGAAAUGAAGAAGAUCGAAAUUUUCCAAGCGUUGAACAAACAGGUGUUGCAAGCGGCUAGACAAUCGAAAACUCUCAAAGAUAUGAGCAAAGUUAUAAGCUAAAAUGUAAAUUCACUUCGCAUUACGUUGCAAUUAGAUGCUGCAAGUAAAAUGCUUUCCGAAAGUCGUUGAAACCUUAACUUUGCUUAACGGCAUCCUGAGAUCAGAAUUUGCGUUAAGUGGUUCAAAUUACACCACAUAAUUGUUUUUCAAAGGCGAAUAGAAAAUAUUCAUCAGAGAUACAUAAGUACUCUUUGAGAGCUAAAUGCUUUCUGGAAGCAAUUUACUUGCCACAUCGCAGUAUAUUUGUAUUAUUUAUAUUAAAUUUUAAUAAAUAAAUAAAAAACAUAAGGAAAACAA